AUGAGGGCCUAUGUGCCAUCUCUAGCACUCGUUCUGGGCGCUGUCUCGCUCGCUGAGGCAGCUGUAUUCGACCGGCGUCAACAGGUUCCUACCAGCAGCGUCAACCUUGCCGAUGGCUUUAUCAGCAUGUUCAACCGCUUAGGGGCCGCUCAGACCGUCACUGAAACACUACGGCAGAUUAUUACAGUUGGAGCUGGCGGCGACGUGGGUGCUGGUAUCAAUGCUACGGCCGCGGUCACGGUGACGGUGACAGCCGCCGCUUCAACCGUCACUGUCUGCCCAGGCCAGGCAAAUGGAGCUGUGGAUUGGGUCUCGAGUGAUGGAUCGGCAUCGGCCACGCCUGGUGGAGCAGCAGGUUCGGCAGCACCGCCAGCGCUGGUGAUUCCGAGCGGCGGCAUCGGUGUUAUCGUCGUCUCCGUGCCUGAAGCUGCCCGAAAGACCAGCCUGGUUGGAAACCAGCCAGCUACUUCUCAGUCAACCGGCCCUCAGUUAACUGCGUCCGAGACAGUCGUUUCCCAAUCUACGGCUUCUCAGACGAGCGCUUCCGAGACAGCCGCUUCUGGGUCAACCGCUUCAGGAACAAUCGCUUCCGACUCUGUCGUUUCACAGUCGGCCGAUGCCUCGUCAUCCCUCGCGCCGCUCCCGACUCAGGGAGAAGCGAACCUGCCGGAACUCGUCACGCCUCCGGGAUUCUCCGCCACUCUCUCUGUGACAUCACUGGCACCUCUUCCCGGCGCUGCGAACCCCUCGUCCGACCCCAUCGCUGGCGCGCCCGUGUCCGACAGCUCGACCGCCAUCCCAACCAGCUCCUCAACCACUUCCUUGAAUACCAGCUCAGCCACUACUUUAGCUACUGCCUCAGCCGCUAUCUCUGACACCACGAUUGGCCCUCUUCCGGGGCUGGCCAGCUCGCUAAGCGACACACUGAGCAUUUCUACUACUGGAAAUGGCCCAGCAGCGAUCCCCACGUCAAACCCCGCCGGCGCCUUUGGCGGGAGCGCCGGCCUGAUCCCAAUCGCAUCCGCCGCGGACCCGCCUGCGACCCCGACCACGCCGGGGGUUGCUAAUGGAGCCGGCAUCUUUCCCACGAUUAAUGUCUCGGGCUUGACGCUGUCGAGCCAGCUCAACCUCGGGAAUCUGGCGCAGCGUACUUCGACAGCGCGCCUAUAA